AUGGCUGGCGGGUGGCGCUACAGCGUGCGGAUCCCGGACUACACCAAGGAGUCGACCCAGGGGGAGGACGACGUCGUGGGAUGGGUUGCUGGUGCGCAGUACUACCAGGUUGACGUGUUGGUGCAGCCCCCCGGCAGCUCGGAACCCGCCGCGCCCUCCACUGUCUGGCGCCGAUUCUCGGAGUUCAGACAGCUGCACACGAAUUUGAAGAGUGUGCUGCCCAACCUGUUCAAGAGCAAGGAAUUGGACCCUCCCCCUAGGAUGUCACUGCGUUUUGUCAACAACAGUGACAGAUUGCUCAACGAGCGAAGGCAAGGCCUGGAGUCAUGGUUGUGGGUGCUGAUGUCUAAUCAACGCAUCGCACAGAGCCAGGAGAUCAGAGCAUUCCUGCAGCUUCAUUUGGCUGUGCGUGCAGCAACAACUUCAUCUUCAGGGUAUGGGCUGUUUCACCAGCAACAUCUGACCGAAGACCAGGCGCUCUCGAUCUCACAUCUCCAGAGGGUUGUGAAAUCGCUGAUGGAGAACUGGACACAGUCAGCGAGGCGUCUGGUCCAAGCAUCGUAA